AUGCUCACCAUCCAGCAUUGUUGGUGGCGCAUGGGGUGCCUUCCACGCUCGUGGGCCAUGGACCUGGCGCACAUGGGCGCAGCAGGCCUCGAUGCCAGCGGUGAUGGCAAUGUCGGGAAUGCCGCACUUGCCAUCGACCUCAAUGAGGAGAUCGGCGACGUUCGCAUUCUGAUCGACCAUCUGGACCUUGGGCCCAGCGCAAUGCUACCCGCCGAGAUCGUCGCCAUCGACGACAACCAGCCCACCUACGCUGAACGGGGAGAAGACCCACUCGCGAUUGAGCCCGCAGCAGCGUAUUCGGGCAGGUCGUAG